GUCAGCUGCCCUGUCCAGCAGGUGCUCUACUGACAGCACCCAUCCUCCUACAGCUUGGCUCCUCACACACACCUGAGGAAAAAAGAACAGCAACCAAGAAAAAAAACCACAUCCAGAAUGCCACAAAACGUUAUUCUCCAAGGACCGGCACCCUGGGGAUUCAGGCUUUCAGGAGGAACAGAUUUUAACCAACCCUUAAUCAUAACCAGGAUUACACCUGGAAGCAAGGCUUCAGCUGCUAACCUGUGCCCUGGUGAUGUUAUUGUAGCUAUCGAUGGUCUAAGCACAGAGAACAUGACACACAACGAUGCCCAGGAGAGAAUUAAAGCAGCUGCACACCAGCUUUGCUUGAAAAUAGAGAGGGCAGGAACUAAAUUAUGGUCCCCACAAGUUUCAGAAGAUGGCAAAGCACAUCCCUUCAAGAUAAAUUUGGAAGCUGAACCACAGGAUAUGAACUACUUUGAACACAAGCAUAAUAUUCGGCCCAAACCUUUCAUAGUCUCAGGCCGAAGCAGUGGAUGCAGCACUCCUUCGGGGAUUGACUGUGGCAGUGGACGCAGUACCCCCUCUUCAAUUAGCACGGUUAGCUCUAUCUGCCCCACCGAGCUGAAAGCAGUGUCUAAGAUGGCCCCUAACAUUCCCUUGGAAAUGGAGCUUCCUGGUGUCAAGAUUGUACACGCUCAGUUUAACACACCUAUGCAGUUGUACUCAGAUGACAAUAUCAUGGAAACACUGCAAGGCCAAGUUUCUACAGCUCUGGGGGAAACACCCGUAAUAAGUGACCCAUCUCCCAACUCAGUGCCCCAGUCUGAUGUGUACAAGAUGCUGCAUGCCAACCAGGAGGAGCCCAGUCAACCUCGCCAGUCUGGCUCCUUUAAGGUGCUCCAGAAUUUAGUCUCCGAGGAAGACGGACGCCCCAUGGGUACAAGAAGUGUGAAAGCACCUGUAACAAAGAUACCUACUGCCACGCCUGGUGUCCAGAAAGUGCCACUGUGUGACAAGUGUGGGAAUGGGAUUCUAGGAACAGUGGUGAAGGCACGUGAUAAAUACCGGCACCCAGAAUGUUUUGUGUGCUCUGACUGCAAUCUCAACCUGAAACAAAAAGGCUACUUCUUUGUGGAGGGCCAGCUAUACUGUGAGGCUCAUGCACGAGCUCGCAUGAGGCCACCAGAGGGGUAUGAAGCAGUUACCGUUUACCCAAAAUGCUAGCCUUACGAUAACACACAAAUAUAUGCAUGCACACAAAAAGCCAUUAACAGCUUAGAACUGCAGUACAAGUGUCAGGACUUCUGCCUGAUUCCAAAGUAGCAGCUUUUAAGCCUUUUCCUGUGGGAUUCUGAGGGGGGUGGAAGUCUGUAUUAGCCAGCAGUAGCAUAUUAUACCAGCAAAAUUCUGCUAAAAAUUAUCUUUGAAGUGGCCAAUAUAACUCAAUGAAGCAUAACUAAAACAGCUGUACUGGAAUAAAAAAAGUGAAACAGCCAAGGUAUUACAUGAUUACUACAGCAUAUACAUAAGUUCUGUAAUUGAGAUACUAUUUUUAACAUAAGUUAAGUAUCUGUGCAAAAACUAAAGCCGUCAAAGUGUUACAGGCUGGGCCCUAACAAAUGUAGAAACUUGACAGGUCAUAAGAAAAGCAGCUAUUUUACAUGGGUAGUACAAAACAAGCAGUUGUUCAUAUCUGCUUCCACCAUCUUAUUAUUCAGGUACCAUUAAUGUAUGCC